AGUUUUACUGAUGGUAUAUAUUUAUGUACUUUAUGUAAUAAUGAUAUUGAUGUUUCUGCCAAUGUUUUUUCCAUAAAGAAUCACUUGGAGAGCAUUACUCAUAGAAAUAAUGCAUUACUGGUAAAUUUAUCACAUCGAUAUUAUUGUUAUUUAUGCGACUUAAUGAUUCAGAAUGAGAAAUCAUAUUUAACUCAUAAAUCACAAAAGGCACAUAAGGAAAGGUUAAUUUCAUACUUUGGAUGUAAAAAUAAGGGCCUAUUUUUCAAAGACUUAGUUUGUCAAGAAUGUGGUUUAAUAAUUUUUUCUAAUGAUGAGGGAGCAUUACCUAAACAUACACCCAUCACUUUCAAGUUUAAUGAUACAUCAGUAAAUACAAAUACAAAAAUUGAUGGAAAAGAAAUAAUGUUUGCUGCUAUGAAUGAAUUACACGGAAAUGCAUCACAUAUGAAUGGUGGCUGUUUAGGAGUCCGUGAAGAUAAUUUUUAUGACAAUGAAGUAUUAGAUACUAUUACUAAAUACUAUGUAAAUGAUGGAAUGGAUAUAGGCUGUGUUCCAGCAUUUUCAAAUGAAAAGAUUGCUGUUCCGUUGAUGAAUGAUUUUGUAGAAGAAUAUGAGCAUGGUCAAUUAGAUAAUUUAAAAAUUAUUGAGAAUAAUGGAGUUGAAGCAAAUAAUGGCAAUGACACUAAAAAUAUAAAUGUGACAAAUAGUAAAGAAGAAACACGUAAAUUAGAAGAAAUAUUUUUAAAGUUUUGGGACGAUUUUGAUCUCAGUGAUAAGAACCUAAGUUUAAAUAAGCAAAUUUUCGGAAUAAUUGACAAAGGAUUUUUAAAAUGUUUAUUGUGUCGUCAUAAAUUAACUCUCAACAAACGAGGUGUUCUUGGUCAUAUUAAUGGAAUGAGCCAUAGAAGAAACCUUAGCGAAUUUCUAGAAAUUCGUCACUAUUGCAGCGUAUGUAGACUAUUUAUACAGGACUUCAAUUUGCAUAAAAUCUCAUCAAAUCAUAUUUCUAAUAUUCCAGAUUAUAAUGAUGACUUUAAUAAAGAUAAUCCUCCUACAAUGAAACAUGAAUGCAGUGAGUGCCGCGUUAUAUCAUACUAUCCAGCAGGUACCAACUUUGAACACACACAUUUUGAAUUUGAAUUCUCAAAGGUUAUUACAAAAGGAAAAAUUAGUUCCAAUGCAAAAAUUAGAAAAAAAAUUUUGACUUUAAUCGAGGAUGAACAAGUAUUGGAUGACUACUCUGUUAAUUUAAUCAAAUUGGCAAAAACUGCUGCACAAUCGAAUGAAUUGAUAUUAGCUACCUGCACCAUGCUGGAGAAAAAUUUAUCAAUGUUCACAAGCUGCAAAGCCUACCCUUUUGGCUCUAGAAUGACUGGUUUAGGAUGUGAAAGUAGCGAUCUUGACAUUUUUUUUGACAGUGGUUCCAUGUAUAAUGGAUUACAAAACCAAAACAGUCAAUUUCAGAAUUCGUUAAUUGAUGUAUGUUGUGAGGUGUUAAAAAAAUGUGACGAGUGGGACUUUGUGUUCCCUGUUACAAAAGCUAGAACACCAAUUAUUAAAGCAUUUAAUACUGUAUAUAAAAUGGACUGUGAUAUAUCUUUUAGAAAUGGCUUAGGUGUUGAAAAUACUGUCAUAUUAAAGCGAAUAUUAAAUGAUCAACCAAUCGCAAAGCGUAUGAUAUUAAUCUUGAAACAUUGGUUAAAACUAAUUAAGGUUUCAAUGAAUGGGUAUGCUAUAGCAUAUCUUGUUAUAUUUUAUCUUCAGCUACAAAAGCUCAUUGUACCUGUAUGGCGUAUGACUACAGGAAGAAUUCAUGAAAAAAAAAAGAUUUGCGGUUGGGAGUGCCAAGUUGUAGACUAUGUGGCUUUUCCGAAAAGCACUGAAAAAUUAUCGAAUUUAUUGCGUGGUUUUUUCAAAUAUUAUGGAGAAUUCAAUUACUCACAGAAUGUGAUUUGUCCAUUAUUGGGCCAGAUAGUUAAUAAAGAAGAGUUUGAAGAUUAUAUGUCACUUCCUGAACAAUUUAAACCAUAUAUAGAUCAUUGCCAACGAAUUUCAAGGGCUGCAUUAAAUGAUUUCAAUUCAAACGAUAUGGAUUCAAACGAUUUAAAUUCAAACGAUAUGGAGUUACUUGAUCAGUUAUAUUUUGGACCCCUAAAAACUGAUGCAUCAAUGUGUCUUCAGGAUCCUGUUGAUUUGUCUCAUAAUGUAACUAAAGGUAUUCGACCUACAGAUUUGGAAAAAUUUAAAAUUAUGUGCGAGUUUUCUUCAUCCAUUAUUGCCACUAAGAAUUCGAGUGAUCGUGCGGAUAAUUAUAUUGAUGAAUAAUAAGCUACACAAUAGUUUGAUUGUCGUUUCAAGCAUACA